AUGUCCACCUCAAUAACCCCCUCCCCUUUUCAUUCCCAUUCCCCUUCCCCUCCCAAACCCUCCCCCUCUACCCCUCCCCCAAGCAAAAGCAAGAAUACACUCUUCACCCCCCGCAAGAUCUACCCCCUCGCCCUCCUCCUCCGCCUGACACUGCUGCUAUACGGCACCUACCAGGACGCCCACUCCGCCCUCAAAUACACCGACAUCGACUACCUAGUCUUCACCGACGCGGCGCGCUUCACCGCCGGUGGCGGCAGCCCCUACGACAGAGCCACCUACCGGUACACCCCGCUCCUGGCAUGGGUACUCAUCCCCACAACCUGGGAGGGGUGGUUCUCCUUCGGGAAGGUAAUGUUCGCGGUAGCGGACGUGGUAGCGGGGUGGUUACUGGCGCGGACGCUGGUCGUGCACCAGGGGAUGGCACCCUCGCGGGCGCUGCGGUACGCCAGCGUGUGGUUGCUGAAUCCCAUGGUGGCCAAUAUCAGCACCCGGGGCAGUUCGGAGGGGGUGUUGGGGUUGAUCACUGCGGGGGUUGUGUAUUUGGUUCUGGGGUGUGCGCCCUCCACCGCCGGGAUCGUGUUGGGGGUAGGCGUGCACGUCAAGAUCUAUCCGUUUGUGUAUGGGGUUUCUGUUCUGCUGUUUCUGGACAACCAACAGCAGCAGCAGCAGAAGAGAGGACUACUAUACCGACUCAUGGAGGAAAUCACCCCAUCCCGCCUCACCUUCACAGCCUCCGCCCUCCUCACGUUUCUGUCCCUCAACGCCCUCAUGUACCACCACUACGGCGGGGAAUUCCUGCAGCACACGUUCCUGCAUCAUCUCACCCGCGUCGACCACCGCCAUAAUUUCUCGGUCUAUGCUUCUUUGCUGUAUGAUUCUGCUGCUGCUGCUGCUGCUGCUGCUGCUACCGCCGCCGCCGCCCCCGGCGGUGCCGCCGGAGCUGCAGCCGCAGGGAAAGUCAGCAUCGAAAGCUGGGCCUUCCUCCCGCAACUCCUCCUCUCCGUCCUCGUGAUCCCGUUCGCGCUCGCCAAACGGUCCCUCCCCGGGGCUAUGCUGGCGCAGACGUUCGCCUUCGUGGCGUUUAACAAAGUCUGUACGAGUCAGUACUUCCUCUGGUAUCUGAUCUUCCUGCCGCUGUAUCUGCCGUACUCGUCUUUCUUACGAAAGCCGCGGCUCGGGGUGGGUGCGUUGGGCGCGUGGGUGGUUGCGCAGGCCCUCUGGCUGCAACAAGGGUAUAACCUCGAGUUCCUGGGCUUGUCAACGUUCGUGCCGGGGUUGUUUGUGGCGUCGCUGGGGUUCUUCGCGGUCAAUGUGUGGAUUCUCGGGGUGAUUGUGCAGGAUGUUGGGGGGUUGCAGGCUGGGGGUGGUGGAUUUUAG